GUCCUGCGUGAGCUGCGGUGUGCUGUUCCCACAGACGUCUGUUCUUGGGUCUUCUUGUGUCCAGCCAAGAUGAGUGACAAGUCAGACUUAUCAGAAGUAGAGAAGUUUUACAAGUCAAAAUUGAAGAAAACUAAUACGGAAGAAAAAAAUACUCUUCCAUCAAAGGAAUCUAUCCAGCAGGAGAAAGAAAGUGUUCAGACAUCAUAAGUUGCAGAUCUCCUCCCAAGAGCAAAUGUCAACAUUACUGAAGAUUCUUCAUUUUAGGCCUGUGGGGUUUUGUUGUUGUUGUUGUUGUUGUUAACCUAUGUGUUUGUAGAGAUUUUAGGCACCUUAUGAUUUCUCACAUGUACUUCCUGGUUAAGACAUCAGUGUCCCUUUAAGUUUCAUUUUUACACUUCCUGUUGAUAGCUGAAAUUCCAGAUGGCACAUGCUGUUAAAAAUCACUGAUUACCUCUGUGUGAGUAGUCCUCACACCUUUUACAGAGUAAGCCAAUUUUAAGCUACAAUGUAUGCCUCUGUUGCUUCAUAAUAAUACAAGAAUUUGCCUGCUUUUGCAGCUUCUCAGCUAAACUUUCAUUUCUAAUGUAGCAAUAAAAUAGUAACUAGCAUCAAAAAAAAAGAAA